AUGCGGCCGGGGCCGUGGUGGCCCGCGCUCUGGCUGCCCGUCCUGGUGGCGCUGCCCGCGGGCGCCGGGCGCGAGGAGCAGGCGGCGCUGUCAGUUUCAAGGUGUAAAUCUUUGAAGGAAAUGGAUGUCAUUAAAACCUCUGAGUCAGACUGUUACUGCUACAAUGAAAAUUACCACAUGCAGUGGACAUAUGUGUGGUCAACCAUUCAGGUGAAAAUCACCAGCCCAGGCCUGCUCCACAUUGUGUAUAUCACAGGAAGUCAUAACUGCCAAUAUCCAGAAACCAUCCUAUCUUUCAUCAAAUGUGCGAGUCAUAAUUUUUGGGCACCAAAGGAGUCUACAGAAAUAACUCUAGUCUUCAGUCCCUCUGGAGAGCCUGUGUGCUUCCUGGUGAAGCCCAUCAGGAAGGUACUUACCUACACAGUCAGUGUGAGUCGAGACAUUGUGGAUUUCAAACUCUUCGGUGUAUUUGUGGCAGGCAUUUUCCUUUUCUUUUGUGCUAAGACGUUGAGUCGAAGCCCUGCUUUCUAUUAUUUUGCGGGGACGGUGCUAGGUGUUGUAAUGCCGUUAAUCUUUAUGCUGCUGAUGGUUAGAAGAUACAUUCCAAAGUAUAGCACGUUUGGGGCGCUAAUGAUUGGUUGUUGGUUUGCUUCAGUUUAUGUUGUAUGCCAGUUGCUGGAAGAUCUGAAGUGGCUAUGGUAUGGAAACAGAAUAUAUGUAAUAGGCUAUGUCUUGGUGGCUGGACUUUCGAGCUUUGCUGCCUGUUACAGACAUGGGCCCAUUGCUGAGGACGGGAACAGAAGGCUUCUGAUGUGGCUGCUGCGGGCCCUUGCGCUGGCCCUCAUCUAUGCAGGCGUGGCCGCGCCUCAGCCCGCGUACGCAGCGGUGAUCCUCCUCCUGUCCUCCCCAGGUCUGCGCUUCCCCCUGAAAGCACUCAGCUACAUGAGGGGGAAAAUGAAGCCAUGGUUCACCUCAGAGCCGCUGGUAGUCAAGUAUCUCACUGAUGAAGAGUACCGGGAACAGACUGAGGCCGAAACCACCAGUGCUCUGGAGGAGCUGCGCCGCGCCUGCCGCCGGCCUGACUUCCCGUCCUGGCUGGCCGUCUCCAGACUGCGUGCUCCUAAAAAAUUUGCAGAGUUUGUUCUUGGAGCAAGCCACCUGUCCCCUGAAGAAGUCAGCAUUCAUGAAGAACAGUACGGUCUGGGGGGUGCCUUCUUGGAAGAGCAGCUCUUUAGUCUUCAGACUGACACUCUACCUGCAAGUUGACGUCACUCAGAGCAAGGAUGCGGAUAAAGGGCUAAGAUCUAUUAAAGUUGGGCAGAACCGUUCCAAUGAACAGUGGAAAAGUCCUGUGUGGAGAAGAAACACGAGCCAUACUGGGAAGCAAAGUUAAUCUGUGUUGAAGAUGACUUACUUCUGCUCCUUCCUGUGCUGGACGUGGACAUGAAGAUUCUGAGAGUCACUGCCACUUGCCUUGAAUGAAGACCUUCACUGGGUACAAGGGAAACAUGUUCUUCGGGGGAAGAGCAAGAAUGAACCAGGUGCCUUCUGAGCACCAGAGCACUAACUCCUAGCUUAGUCUCCUGAACCGAGGUCUAAAGGCUACAUUACGCUUCCUCCACCUUGGAGACACCCAAGAUAACCUGAGCCAGUGUGUUCUAAAGCAUAGUGGGAAGGAUGCUAAGAAGAGCUCGUGAGGAGUUCGGAGUCAGCUGUGCUUGGUACAGAGUUAAAUGCAUGCAGGCUUCUUGGCCUUUCAUGCUCUCACAUUGUGAAUCUUCUCCUUGUGUGGAGGGUUUCUGACUCAAUUUGACCACAAACCCUUUUUCAUGAAAUUAAUAAUUUUAGAACACAUGUUUGGAAAAUGCCAGUGAUGGUGAAAUUUAGGUUUGGGGGUGUAAAAUCACUUUCCCUAAGACCACAGAAGUGUAAAAGUGCAGCCUUGGUCACACCCGGCUGCGGUUUCCUAUCACUCAGGUAGAAGACACUCUAAUGCAGGCUGAGAACCUGUGUCUCAGGGUUGGCAUCUUCUUUUUUUAUAUUUAAAUUUUGUUUUUUAAGUAAUGGCCAACUACCUAGUUUUUAGUUUAUAACAGGUAAAAAAAUACAGAAUUAUUUCUUAAGAUUACAUUUAAAGUCUGGAUUAAAUUUUUAUAUACAUAAGGAUUUAAAAUUAGAAUUUCGCUGGGCGUGGUGGCACACGCCUUUAAUCCCAGCACUCGGGAGACAGAGGUAGGAGGAUGGGCUAGAGUGAGACCCUAUCUCCAAACAAACAAAACUAGAGUUUCUGUACUUUUUAUAUAUUGAAGACAUUUAACCUUUUGUGACAUUUUAAAGUUGAUUUUUACAAAUUGGCUAUAUAUUUUUGCAAUGCUUUCCUACAAAACAGAUUUAUGAUAUUUUUUAUAAAAAGCAAAUCUGUUUCUUGAUUUGUGAUGUUUCACUCUGGACUGAAGUGAGCAGCUGUGCUUUGUACCUGAGGAAAAGUCAGAAACCCAGGUCUAAGAUUUGAACAUGGCUGCACUGAUUCUCUGAGAAUCAAAUGCAGGCUUUUUUUUUUUUUUUUUAAGUGUGAUGGGAUCAUAAAAUCCCUAUUUAUCAAGAAAAGGGCAAUAAAACAGAAACAGGAAAUUCUGACACUGUUACUUAAUUGAGCCACAUUUAAUAUGCUUUGCUAAAUUGUUAAUGAAAGUAAGGCUAACCAUUUGGAACUUUCUAGAUUAACAAAUGAUAUUUCCUCUUUGAAGCGUCUGUCAAUGUUCAUGGUCUGCUUUUUGCCAGACUUCUUUCAAUAAUGUAUUUCCAUUCAAUUUGAGAAUGUUAGCCAUUUUCCGUGUGUAGACAUCAUUUUAUUACAGUUUACUCUGAGUUUAAUUUUUUGUAAUUAUAUUUAUGGGUGAUGUAUUUUACUACCAGGUGUGUCUAUGCUUGCACUCACCAGGGGCACCUCUCAGAAGGCAAUUUCUGUGGCACAAAAUGUGGGGGUAGUAACUGGAGAGAUAUCUCAGCAGGCAAGUGAGCUUCCCUAGUACGCAUGAGGAUCUGAAAGGGCCUGAGUCUAGCUGGCAAAAGCCAGACAUGCAUACCUGUAACCCCAGUCCUGAGGAUGGGCAGCAGACAGGAGAAUCACUGGGCCUCACUGGGUCAAGUGUACAGUGACUGCUGGAAAGCCACAGCUAUAAGCCCACCAACAAACUGCUGUGACCAUCAAUAAAACAGCUACACACAAGAGUCUUCCAGGACAUUGUUUUUCAUGUUUAUUUUUAGAGGGAUUUUUCAUUUUGUUAUGUGAUACUGUGAGAAGAUAAACAAUUAAAAGCAUUUAUUGAUUAGGUUUAGUAUA